UUGCUUUUUAUCUAUUGUUCAGCAGGGAAGGGACAUGACUAAGAACAGUAUAGAUAAAAUACAGCUAAUCAAGCAGCAUAUUAAUACGUGUACACGUAAUACGUUACACGUAAGCACCGCACGAGGGCUACAACAUUCAUGCAUUUAGUGUUACUGUAUCAUUAUUUUAUGUUUGGCCUAAACAGAUUCUUCAGCCUUGGCAGUUUCUGACGUGGCGCUCGAGCCCGCGAGUAAAUAUUAACGUACAAAAUAUGUACAAAAACGAACUUCAGUUCUUUUAAUCGCUAUAUAUUUAGGUUUAGGUGAAAAACAAAACACAUAGAUGCAUGGCAAGAACAUAAAUAAAACACAUUCAGCAGGCGUAGCAAAAUUUGGAAACUGAAAAAGAGCCAAAAACACACCUGACAUCGAUGAAAACGAAAUUAAACGACGAUAAAAGGUGUCAACAUGAGCAAAGCGAAGUCAAGCAGGGACAGAAGAGUUUUUCAGCCCAGCGUCACCAGAGUAACUCGCAGUUCUGUCAACCUUCAGGACCCUCAACGCAUUAAACCUUCUGCCUCAUGCCUGGUCAAUGAUCUGAGCCUCAUGAGAGUGAGUGAACAGCAGGCCUCCUCAACAACACGGAAAGGAAAGUCCGCGAAAGACUGUAAUACACCCCAAAAUCUAUCACCCAGCCCAAAGUCAGCUCUCUCCUCACCCGCUGGCGGCUCUGCCCCACACGGAGCUCUGGCAACUAUAAGCAGGUUGAUGAAACUUGGCCGGGUGCGAAACAUUGUGGUAGUUGCCGGGGCAGGUAUCAGCACAGCCAGUGGUAUACCAGACUUCAGGACACCAGGAACGGGUCUUUAUGCAAACCUUGUGAAGUAUGACAUCCCCUACCCAGAGGCGAUCUUCAACAUUGACUACUUCUCCGACAACCCUCAUCCUUUUUUCUCACUGGCCAAGGAGCUUUAUCCCGGAUACCACCGUCCCAAUUACGUGCACUAUUUUAUUCGUAUGCUGCAUCAGAAGGGCCUGCUGCUCCGCAUGUACACUCAAAACAUCGAUGGACUUGAAAAUUUGUGCGGUAUACCAGAUGACAAGCUCGUGGAGGCUCAUGGGAGUUUUGCAACUGCUGCCUGCCACCUUUGCUAUACACCAUAUUCUGCAGAGGAGGCCAAGCAAGCUAUAAUGAAUGACAAAAUUCCCAUCUGUACAUUUUGUGCCGGAGCUGUAAAACCUAACGUUGUCUUCUUUGGAGAAGAUUUGCCAGAGAAGUACUUUCAGCAUGCUGAAGAUUUCCCAAAAGCAGACCUUCUCAUGAUCUUGGGCACAUCUUUAAAGAUUGAGCCGUUUGCCAGCCUGGUAAACACUGUAAAGUCCACGGUCCCUCGUCUGCUGUUGAACCGUGAUCCAGUCGGGCCCUUUGAACGGCGUCCCCUGAAGAGGGGGGACUAUAUGGAACUGGGAGAUCUUGUAGAUUCUGUCCAAAAAUUUGCAGACAUCCUGGGGUGGCAUUCUGAGAUCCAGCACCUGAUGAACUGUCAUGAAAACGCACUGUUUUGUAAUACUGACCCCAACAGCGGUGAAAACAGUGACUCCUCAGAGACGGACAGCAGGAUCUCUGAUUCUUCUGGACCAAGUAACUAAUAACAACCAUUCUAAGACCUUCUGUAUGUUUAAAAUAUACACAUGACACUGAUUGUGAAAAUGUUAACCGGGAAGGGUUCAAAACCCACCCACGCAAUAUUUAUGUUACUUUUUUAUUCUGUAAUGGUAUUCUAUUGGGCAUGUUUAUUCUUAUCAUGUAGAUUGUCUGUUUGUAGCAAUGUUUUUAUUUAAACGUGGUCAGUUUGGUUCUAGGUGGGUCUAAACUCUUUUUCAUAGCAAAGCCAUCAGGAAAUAGUGGAUGAUAUCUGAGUUGUAGCUGCUGCUGAUUUAGAUGUAAAACCCACCAUCUAAACAUCUUCAAAGAUUUAAAGAAAACUCCUAGCAUCUUGUAUACGCAUGGUCUUCAGAAUAACUUUCAUGUGUCUUCUGCACAUCCCAACAUUAACUUCAAUUUUCUUUUGCCACUUUAAUGGAGGAAUUACUUUUUACUGUUGAUGUUCAUAGUUCAUAGACACAGCACUUAAUAAAGCAAUAUUAAACACUUAAAUGUUACCUUUUAAAGGCUCAUUUAACAUUCUAUAAACUAGAUAAUUUUGUUUGUUUGUUUAAAAAGUGUUAUCAAUGCAAAAAGAGGCAAUGUGAGUGAUAUGGAUUGGAGUUAGUUUUUGUUCAGUAGUUGUGGGUCAUUUGGAAGUUGGCGAGUCUUGGCUCGGCCCCAUUGGGAAGACAGUGGUAAAUUAGCAUGGGAAGCUUGACCUCCCAAGUGUGCAGUGCCCCCACUGUGUGUUUUCACAGGCUCCCACCCCCCCAAAUCUCUAAUAAAUAUCUUUGCUCAGCAACAAAGAACCCCAAUAUCCUGCUGCUGUUUGGAAGAGUGUGUGAGGUUCUGCGUAUGAGAACGGUUGUAAAUGCAAUUUCAUUUUGCACAGGAUCAGUGAAGUAUGUUGUAAUCAUCAAACUGUUAUUGAAUCCGUAUGUAUGCUUAAACACUUCAGCCCAUGUGUUUUAUUCCUAUAUGCAGUUUGUCAUGUUUGCAUUGGUUAAAGUUACAUGGAGAAAAGUGUAAAAAGUGUUUACCAGCUGUUUUGGAACCAUGGAACUAUUACAUUUUGCUUUAAGUGGGAUCAUAGGGCUUACUGUAUCAAUAGAACAUAACCCUAUAAUGGCUAGAUUAAGCACGAGUUUGUUAAAUCGUUUUGUCAUUCGUGUGUUGUUGUUGUUGUUGUUUUAUUAAAAUGCUGCUUUUUAUGUUCGUUACAUGUUUUUAGAAAACAAGACCGUAUUUAAUAAAGAAUAUU